UUCAUGUCAAAAAUCCGCAUGUUCCAAGAUUUUGUGUAUUUUGACAUUCUCAAUUUUUAUUUACUUUCGUAACUAAUAAAUUAAUUAAUAAUCUUACUAUAAAAAACAAAAUGGUGAGAACUGGUGAUGGAGGAGUUAGAAUUAGUGGUGGAAAAUCAUCAAAAAAAGGAGGUGGAGGAAGCAGAUCUUCCGGCACUCCAAGCAAAAGAACUGGUGGAGGAGAUGGAAGAUUACAUGCAGGAGUGCUUCGAGAAACACCACAAUGGCAAAAACCUAUAACCAACUUUUUUAACAUGCCACAAAAGCCCAUGAAUGAGGUAUCAGAACAGGACAAGACUGAGAAUGAAGUUGAUGAGGUCCCUGAUGUAGGAGCUGAAGAAGAUAUCAUAUCAGAAAAUUCUGAAAAUAAUCAAGAAUAAUUUGUUGAUUUAUUUCAUUUUCUGUCAGUAUUAAAAGUUUGUUUGUAUUUUAUGUAUAUAUUUUGUAUUGUACCUUCUUAAAUAUAUGAUGUUUAUAAGAAAUGUA